AUGGAUGCAAAAUCUGAGCUUCCCUUGCAACCGUAUCCUCCAACAAGCAUAUCAAAGUUGGCCUUAAGUUAUUCAAAGGGAAAUUCGGAAUCGCUAAAUCGAGGCUCAUAUGCCAUGAACUGCGACCUUGAAGAUCAGACACUGAAAUCCUCAGCGCAGGGCACGCGUCAAAAUGUUUCCUGUGGGAGCCGAGAAGUGUAUCCGGCACUGAUCGUCCACGACCUGUAUAACGGCACAUCCUCCGUAGGUUCCCUUCUGCAUCCGCGAAAGCAGAAUUAUGAUGGCAUCCAGCUCUUUGUGGAAUAG